AUGAGCACCCCGGCCGGAGUCAAGAUGCCGCACAGCCUGUCAGCGGGGCGCGCGGGCGCGGGGGCGAGGCGCGCGGGGGCGGGGGACGCUGGCCUGCACGCGACGCCUGCCCGGACCAGACCUCAUGUCAGGAAGCAGUUAUUUCUGACUCCUGUGAACAAGUUCACGGUGAAGCCCGCCGCGCCCAGCGCUCACCUGGAGCGGAUCAAGAGCUGCCUGGAUCAGUACACGGCGCCUCGACACAAGAUAAAGACUAAGGCCGCCUCUAUGGAGGACCUCACGCCCACCAAGAGAAUUAAGAGGGAAAAGACUGUCCAGGAGAUGUCAGGUCGAGCUGUCUCUAAGGUGGUGCCAGGGUCUGUGGAGCAACGAGCCGCGGCUAGAGUGGCGCGGUUCAUGUUGCUGGCUGCCUGGAGGAGGAGGAGACAUGACGUACGGCUCAUGAGGAAGACGCUUGAAUUCCAGGUGAGUUGUUCGGAGCGUCUCCGGCUGCAGGUGUCGGCGCUCAAGUACCUACUGGAGUCAGACACGGCCAAAGUCCGCAUGGCCAUGAGGGAGCUGGAGCGGCUGAGGAAGAUGAUGAAGGACAAGGAGGAGGAGAGGGCGCUGCUGGAGAAGGAAAAGACAGCGUUAGAGAAGGACGUCAGUGCGGCCGAGGACCGCGCCUCCGAGAUGAGUAUCGGCUGGCGCAACAGUCGCAACGAGCUCGAGAACACGCGCGCAGCGGCCAAGAAACUGGAGCAGCAGCUGAAGAAGGAACAGGAUAAGGUGGACAAGCUGGAAGGCGAGCUGUCCCAACACAAGGUCCUCGUCCGCAGCUGCCAGGCGCAGGCCGCGACGUUGAGGAGGAGGCUGGACGAGCGGGGACAGCUGCUGCAACAGACGGAGGAACGACUGGCAGAGGAGAUCGAAGCCCGUGCUCAGUGUUCGUCUGAGUGUGAGUGUCUCCGUGAGCUAGUGUCGCGUCAUUCCUUGGAGGCGAGGGUGCGCGCGGAGCAGGCGGCCGGGCUACAGGUGGAGCUGAGGCACGUGAGGGACCAACUGGACGCCUGGCCCGCACCCCUCACACGGUGUAUUAUUUCUAUAACGCGCCCUGUCCGCCAGCCUGCUGUGCGCGGCCAGGUCGUGGGUCCGGCGGCCCAUGUCCGUGUCUCAGACGGUGUUGUGGUCCCUCACGCCCGCAAGACACGGCUGCUGACUCCAUACACCGACUGA